CAUGCUGGGUGCAAGGUAUCCUUCCACACACCGAUCUGGUUAGUGUUAUAAAAGCUAAGUCAUUUGACGUUGCAUCUAUCUGUGUGUGUGUGGAGGCAUCAUCAUCGGGGAACACUGAUUGGGACUUACUUGUCUAACAGACAAUGUUUAUCAAAUUUUAUCCAUUAGCAAUCUGAACUGAUGCAUUUACCAGUGGACAAUGGACAGUGAAGAAGAACAUGAUGAUCAGACUGAUGUCACAUCAUCAACAAUAUCCUGCCUCACUGGUUUCCUAUUUGGAAACAUUGAUGAGAAAGGAGAACUUGAAGAGGACUUCUUGGAUGAGGAAUCCAAGAAGCACCUCAAUUCUUUAAGCUCACUCAGUCGGUUUGAAUCAAUGGUUAAAGAGAUUACCGAUGAUCCAACAGCUGAACAAACUGUUGAAAGAGAUGAUGGAUCAUUUGAAAAUUAUGACAAGAAAGAUGCAAAUGCUGUUGAUUUUUCUGACAUCAGUGAAGUUGUUGAAGAAGAAGAGGAAGAAGGAACAAAGACAAAUGAGGCAAUAGAGAAUUUACAUGGGCUUCAGAAUAAUUCCAAUGAAGUCCCAAAAGACAGAAGACUGAUGCCACCUCCAUCUUGGAUACCAACCAAUGCUGGUCCUGGAGGGGAUCUUGAAGAUUCUCAGCCUCCACUAGAGAGGCCUAAAUUUGAUGAACCUGACUUGUCUGCUGAUAAUGUUGCCAAUAGAUCUCAAACAGACAGCAUUAACGAUACCACAUCACAAAUUACUAGUCCAGUUACUCUUCCAAAAACAGAACCUCCAUCUCAGACAACCAGUGCCAGCAGUGAAGAGAAUGAACCCAAAAAGAAAUUGAAUACUCCGCUAGCUUCCAUGUUGCCAAAAGAACUGGAAAGCGUUGAUGUGACGCAGUUGUUUCCCAAGUUUAGACCAGGAAAGGUCCUGCGAUUUUCUCGACUCUUUCGUCCAGUACAUACCACACAUGUUUGGCGCAAGAAACGGAAAAAGAAAAGUCCGGAAGAAGAGAAAGAAAGCGUUGUUAAGAAACUGAAAAUGUCUUCUGAUGAAGAAAGUGAUGAAGUGCAGAUAGAUUUUGAUUAUGGUAGAACUCCUACAGCUGAGGAAUGUUUAACAGACGAUGAUGAGAUUGUAGUACGUCCAAUAGAGAGUCGAUCGUCGUCCAGCAAACAAGACAAGAACACUGAUAUUGAGCACAGAUUUGAGGUCCCACCCUGGAGGUAUGGCCCAGCCCAGUAUUGGUAUGACUUGAUGGCAGUCGAUGAAACUGGAGAAAACUUUUCUUAUGGCUUCAAGUUAGGAGAUCGUAGUAAAUUUGACUUGAGUAAAGAAGGAAGGAACCUGAUGGCUUUUCCUGAUGAAAUCUUUGAAAUGGUGACACAAGUCCAUUGGGAGGAUGAGGUGAUCUGGAAUGGUGAAGAGGCACGUGCAAAGGUUCUACAGUCACAUAAACUGCGUGCACCAUCUGCAGGAUGGAUUCCAAGUGCAAGUUUCCGAAGUGCUGGCCAAUUUUUGCAGCAGAACCGAUUUGGAAAUAAAUCCUUCAUAAUUCCAGGGAAGAAUGCUUCUGUGCAAAGUUUGGGAUCUAAAGUUGGACCUCAGUUCCAAACUGAAAUUAGUGAUUCCAAAGAAUCGAAUUGGCGUUCUAUCUUCCCGGUUGAAAAUGAGGCUCUGGUUUAUGAAAACUGGGAAGAGGAUAUUAUCUGGGACCCUGAGAAUAUGGAGAAAAUACCUGGACCAGCAAUGCUGACACUUGAUCCAAAUGAUGACAAUAUAAUUCUUGAAGUUCCUGAAGAUAUUGAUCCAAAUGAGCAAACAGAGCCUGCCAAGAAAGAGAAAGAAAUUAAAAAAUCCAAAAUCUUGCUUGGUAAGGCUGGAAUUAUUAAGGAAGAGGAGGAAGAAAAAGAGAUUCCAACCACUACACAAAGGAAAGAUCCUUUCAAUUUAUCAAAUGAUGAGUUUUACAAUCCAAAGCUUACGAUGGAUAAUGCUCUCCGGACUAACAUGGGAGGAAGUCUAAUCCAGCACUCUACCCCAGCUUUGGAAUUAAGGCAGCCCCUGUUCCCAACUCAUAUGGGGCCUUCAAAACUACGCAGUUUCCAUCGUCCACAAAUCAAACGUUAUUCCUAUGGAGCAUUGGCCACACAUGGGCCACAUUCGGUUUUGCCUUUGUUAAAACAAAUAAAGCGGAAAGCAAAGAUGAGAGAAGUGGAACGGCAAGCUUAUGGUGGUGGGGAAAUUUUCUUCAUGCGUACAAUGCAGGAUCUUUCUGGCAUGGAUGGAGAACUUAUCAUGACUGAAUACUCUGAAGAAUUUCCACCUUUGAUGAUGCAAGUUGGAAUGGCCACCAAAGUCAAGAAUUAUUAUAAAAGGAAACCAGGGAAAGACUCUAAUCCACCACAGUAUAUUUAUGGGGAACUGGCAUAUGCUCACACAUCUCCAUUCUUGGGCAGUUUGGCUCCCGGUCUGUGCCUUCAAGCCUUCGAAAAUAAUUUAUUCCGAGCUCCUAUUUAUGAACAUUGUAUGCCCGAGACUGACUUUUUAAUUAUACGAACCAGGCAGCAUUAUUACAUCCGUGAAAUAACCUGUAUCUAUAUCAUUGGUCAAGAAUGUGCACUCUAUGAAGUACCAGGCCCAAACUCCAAAAGAGCCAAUAACUUCAUCCGGGACUUUCUGCAGGUUUUCAUAUACCGUCUGUUUUGGAAGAGCAAAGACAAUCCUCGUCGUAUCAAAAUGGACGACAUCAAGAAAGCCUUCCCGUCUCACUCAGAGAGCAGUAUACGCAAACGACUGAAACUGUGUGCUGACUUCAAGAGAACCGGAAUGGACUCAAACUGGUGGGUAUUGAAACCAGACUUUCGUUUACCCACUGAAGAAGAGAUGCGAGCAAUGGUGUCCCCAGAACAAUGUUGUGGCUAUUAUGCCAUGCUGGCUGCUGAGCAAAGAUUAAAAGAUGCAGGAUAUGGUGAAAAGUCUCUGUUUGCCCCUGAAGAUGAUAAUGAGGAAGAGACACAGAUGAAGAUUGAUGAUGAGGUACGGACAGCACCUUGGAACACAACAAGAGCCUUUAUUUCUGCUAUGAAAGGCAAGUGCCUUCUUGAUCUAACUGGAGUUGCUGAUCCGACAGGUUGCGGGGAAGGUUUCUCCUAUGUGAAGGUACCCAAUAAACCUCAACCAAAGGAAGAAGGGAAUAGUCAGACCCCUGUGAAGCGUACAGUUACAGGCACUGAUGCUGAUUUACGAAGACUUAAUCUUAAAGAUGCAAAACAGCUUCUCCGCAAAUUUGGGGUGCAGGAGUCAGAGAUUAAAAAAUUGUCUCGAUGGGAAGUUAUUGAUGUUGUGAGAACCAUGUCAACAGCUCAGGCUAAAACAGGACAAGAUGGUACAGGUUGGAGUAAGUUUGCUCGUGGUAACCGAUUCUCUGUGGCAGAGCACCAAGAGCGCUACAAAGAGGAAUGUCAACGAAUAUUUGAUUUACAAAACAAGGUUCUCUCAUCGAAGGAAAUUUUAUCAACUGAUGAAAAUUCAAGCUCUGGUGAUGAUUCAGAUUUUGAAGAAAUGGGUAAAAAUAUUGAAAAUAUGUUGGCUAAUAAGAAAACAAGUUCACAGAUAAGUCUUGAACGUGAAGAACAGAUGCGGAAAGAACUCCAGAAAAUGUUGAUGGAAGAAUCUAAUAAAGAAAAUGAUGAUAAAAAGAAGAAGCCGGCUUUGUCCUCUUCUUCUACUUCUUAUCAAACCCAAGGAAAUUCUAUGUCAGCACCAAAUAAAGAUGAUGAUAGUGCUUCAUUUUCUUCGCUGGGUGGCAGGAAAUUAAAAAUUACUCGUACAUUCCGAGACGAAUCAGGAAAGGAGUUUACUCGAUCUGAAAUUGUCCGCAAACCAGCUGUGAUAGACACUUAUGUGAGGAUAAGACAAACAAAGGAUCCUGCAUUUAUUAAGCAAUUUGCUACCCUUGAUGAUCAGGUGAAGGAAGAGAUGAAGAAAGAACGAAGAAGAAUACAAGAACAAUUGCGAAGAAUUAAGCGUAACCAAGAGAAAGAAAAAGUUGCACCAAUUAAGAAAAAGAAAAAGAAAGAGACUCCUCUACUAAAGUUAAAAUGUGGUGCUUGUGGUCAGAUUGGUCAUAUGCGUACAAACAAAGAAUGCCCCCUGUAUCAAAAAGUUGGGCCCUCAGCCCCUGUACAGGUUGCUAUGACUGAAGAACAGGAAGAAGAAGAAGAAAAGAACCUACUUUCUGACCACGAUCUUAUUAAUGUAGAAGGGACAAAGAUCGUCAUCUCAAAGAAUCUUGUUGAGCAUGCUGAUCAAAUGCGCCGGAAAUCUCUGUUGCUCAAAUUUCCAAAGCAAGCUGUGGAAACAAAGAAGAAACGCCGUACAGGAAGUGUGGUUCACUGUGAUUACCUCAAGAAACCCAAACAGUCUUCGAAUCGACGCCGAACAGAUCCCUUGGUUACUCUCUCCUCCAUCUUUGAAUCAAUAUUAAAUGAAAUGAGGGAUCUCCCUAAUACGCAACAAUUUCUAUUCCCUGUCAAUCCUAAAAAAGUGACUGACUAUUAUGACAUUGUGAAAGACCCUAUGGAUCUUCAGACUUUAAGAGAGAAUGUUCGGAGAAAGAAAUAUACUUCUCGCGAAGAAUUCUUAACUGAUGUUAAUCAAAUGUCAAUCAACAGUAAAAUGUAUAAUGGUGAUAAACAUCUACUUACUCUCACAGCCAAGUCAAUGCUAGACUUGUGUAUAAAGAAAUUUUCAGAGAAAGAAGAAAAGUUGAUGCGUCUGGAGAAAGCAAUCAACCCAUUAUUAGAUGAUGAUGACCAAGUUGCAUUCUCAUUUAUUUUAGAAAAUAUUAUUCAACAAAAAAUGAAGAUUGUUGAAAAUUCGUGGCCAUUCCACCAACCAGUUAACAAGAAAUCUGUUAAAGAUUAUUAUGAAGUCAUUAAGAAACCAAUGGACCUUAGCACCCUACUUAAGAAUGUACAGUUACAUAAGUAUCAGCAUCGAGACCAAUUCAUCGAGGACGUGGAGUUGAUAUUUGCUAACAGUGUCAAGUACAAUGGACCUGACAGUAGCUACACUAAUACUGCCAAGAGAAUUGUAGAUGUGGCCAGAGAAAAUCUUUCUGAAUAUGAUGAACAUUUAAGUCAACUUGAACGAGAUAUACAGGCUGCUCGAGAAGCUGCUCUUGAUGCUGUCGAAACAGACAGUAUCAUGACUGGAACAUCACUCAACAUGGAUGAUAACAGUGUUCUGGGCAUUGACAAUGAGAGCAUGGACAGUAACAGCAUGCGGGAGGCUGUGUUGGCAAGUGGAGAUUGGCCAGAUGGUGAACCAAACUCAUCGACAUCAGAUAUGUUAAAUAGAAGACGACAUCCUUCAGACUUCAAAGAUGACAAUGAUGCUGAUGCUGAAGACAUGAUGUUUGAUGAAUCUGAUUCAGAGUUUGUUGAUGUGGAAGGUGAUGAGAGUGCGAUGGAAGACAGGGAGUUUGACAUAUCUCACCAGGAUAUCCAUGGAGAACAUUUCUCGUCGUCAGAUAACAACAAUGACUUGGCCCAAGAUCUACAAAUUACUCCUGAGAACUCGGAUAACGAAAACGAUGAUUAUGAUGAUGAAGAUGAUAAUGAUGAAGAUAAUAAUAGACGAGAGAAAAACUAUGGCAUGGAUGGCAGUGGAAAUGAAGAGUUACCUUCUGGAAUAUCGCAAUACAUCGAAGACAGUGUCUAUGACCAGCAGUAUAGUGGUGACAAUGCAAACCAGUUCUACUCAAGUGAGAACGAACCCAACAUGUACAAUAUGGCUGGUAUAGGUGAUGACGAAGAGCAAAGCUUUGAUCCAGCAGCGUUCUUCCUAAGCAGUUCACUGGCUCAGCAAAUGACUGAUGACAACCAACAACAGCAACAACAACAGGAUGAGGAGGAAGAGGAGGAGCAACAACCAGACUCUGUUGAAACAGACAUCAACAAAGACUUGCAGGUUUCAGAGUCAGAAAGUGAAGACAAUGAUUUUGUGCCAAUCAGUAAUGAUGACAAUCAAUCUAACGAAGGAUUCGAUAUUGAUCAGUUCCUUCACUGAACCGAAACCAAAAUGUUUGAAUAAGAAAAUGACACCAAUAAUUAUAAUAAUAAUGAAAGCCUGUGUAUAAAAUUUCCAGAAAAGGUUUAAGAAUAUGUAAAAAGUUUUGUGGUAUGAUUUUGUGAAGAGAGAAGAAAGAACUUCAUCUCAAUGUAAAUGAGAAUAUAAAAGGAAUUGUGAUGGGGGUGGGUGUCAAUAUUGUGAAGAAUGACAAAUAAUUCCAUCUGAAAUUUAUUGCCAUGGAAACACGCCUGUAAAUGUCACUUUCUUUUCUUUUUUCACUCCAUCUUAAAGUUAUAUCUUUUAAUUUUAAGGUUGUGUGUGUGUUUAUUUGUGGGUGUAUAAGGCUAUUUAUUAGUGCAUGCAUGUAUGUGUGUAUGAUUUACAUUAUAUAUAUGAGUUGUGCUACUGGAUAUUUUUAGAUGUGUAUAUAUUGAAUAUUUGUUAUAUAUAUACUGUAUGAAUUUGAGUGUAUGAAUUGAUGUGUGGUGUCUGUGUUUAUAUAUAACCUUACGUGCAAAUAUAUAAAAAUAUAUAUUAUGUAUGUAUAUAUAUAAUUUCCAGCAAAUUUUACUACUCUGCUCUAUUAUAUUGAGCAUUUCUCUCUCUGGAUUGUUUUGUACUUAGUGCAGGCUUGGCUGUGUGCUUGAAAAGUGCACUAAUCAACCUUGUGAUUUCAGGUUUAGUUCCACUGCAUGACACCUUGGACAAGUGUUUUCAAUUAUAGCCCCAGAGCCUCGUGAGAAGAUUUAGUAGAUGGAAACUGAGAGAAGCCUGCCAUAUAUAUAUAUAUAUAUGUGUGGUAUGUUUGUGUCUCCUUGUCUUGGCAUUACAUGAUGAUAGUUGUAAAUGAGUGUCACUGUCAUACAAGUGAUAUCAUUCCUGUCCAGUCUUCCAUGAAAAACAUAUCUGACCAUGGGCAACACAAAGGACAUCCAUCCUCAAUCUCUGGCCCAUGUAAAUAUGGAAAAGUGGAUGUUAAAACGAUGAUGUGUACUUCUAUUCUGUAUAUGUAUGUAUUUGUAGAACGUGUGUAUGUUUCACUUCCUGAUUGAAAUUUCAGUCUUUAUUUUGACUGGCCCCUCAUUUGGAAAUAAGGUCAUAUAAAAAAAAAAAAUGUAACAGGAAAGCAGUUUGUCCUGUUCUUUUCAUCAUUCUGUCUACAAUCAAUCAACCUUUAAAUUGUACUAUUUUUUGUUACCUCAUUGAACAGCUAACUCUCACAACAGAACAGGUUUAUAUUUUGCUGUCUUAAACAUCAAGUAUGUUAUGUUUUAAUUCGGUUGCUGUGUUUUUUUUUUGUUUUUUUUAUUUGUAGGCACCAGCAAUGUUCUUUCCAUCCAUCAACCUAAAGCAUUUGUCCUUACUGGUUGUUGUUGUUAUCUUUUGAUUUUAUCGCAGAUCUCUCUGGCCAUCACAUCAUGUCUCAUGAAAAGGUGGUAUCUUGAGAACUUUCACAUUUAACAAUGAAGUGAUUAACGUUUUCAGUUUGGGGUUUACAGUGAUUAUCAGUUGAUGAUUUUUAUUGUUUUGUACUGAGGAAACUUGUUGGGGAUUUAUUGUUCCUGAAUUGCAUAGAAGAAAUUUUUUUUAUGAGAGAUGCUUUAAAUUUAAUUAUUUAUUAGACAAUAUUUAGUGGCUAAUCUGAAAUGUUAAUAUAAGGUAACACCUCUUUCUCCAAGUUUCAAGCAUUUUACCUAUAGUAGAAACAAUUAUUAUUAUUAUUAUUAUUAUUGCACUGGAGUUGGUGUAAUUGACUUAUCCCCUCCCUUGAAAUUUCAGGCCUUGUGCCUAUAGUAGAAAGGAUUAUUAUUAUUAUUAUUAUUAUUAGUAUGAUGGACAAAAUUUUUUGCAGUGCUUAUGUCACUUUAGGUUCUGUCACCUAGGUUACUUUGCUUUUCAUUCUCCUGCAGGUUGUUAAAAAUAAAAUGGCAACUAAGUUCUAGGACAUUGUUUCUACAUUAGAAAUUUUUGUUAUUGUUUCUAAGAAGAGCGAUGGAGGCUAGAUUUAAUAGAGUGCUGGAGAAAUUAAUAACAAAUCAUACGAUUGUUAUUUCAAACCACCAGCCCAACCUUGCAACCAUGGUUGGAUGUUUAAGAAGCUUGCUUUGCUAUAAUGUGGUUUCAGGGUCAAUCCUAUUGCAUACUACUUUGGACAAGAGUUUUUACUGUAGCCUUGUGUUGUCUGAUACCUUAUUAGUGGGAUUUAGAAAAUAAAAACUGUGCAGAAACCUGUUGUGUGCAUGUGUGUGUGUGUAUGCUACAGAGCCUCCAAAAACUAGAAAUCUUUAAUUAUCAAUGAAAACAAUCAUACAAUAUCAAUAUAUGUAAUAAUACAAACAUCAAAACCACCAUAAACUGUUUAACAAGUUCAACCUUUUGAGAAUGGAGGAUAACUCCAAAUAACAAGACUCCAAAAUAUAAAAGAUUCACAGACAAUAAGCAAAUAACACCUAUAUUCCUAUCAUCAGCUGCUUUGGUAGUGUUAAUAACGUUAAAAACCUAAAUGUUGCCUGGGAAUCAAUAGACACACACACACAUUUUAACUAUAAACCUUGUCAGACAAUCACUGGCUACUGUUGAUAACAGUACUAUGUCAUGAUUACAACCAUAUAUAAUUGUUUUUGCAGUCCUAUAAUUACUGGUAUCAAAGAUAUUUGACCUGCGCACAAUCCACAAGCACCAUAUAACAGCUACUACAAAUAAAUAGUUGUCCUAACAAUGAGGGCCAAGGAGUUAACUAUUUCAAGAGAAGACAGUUGUGAUGAUCAUGGUUGCAUAGUGAAUGAAUGGCUUCUGCUAGAAGCAUUUUUCAUAGCUUCUCUAGUUAUUAUUGAUGAGUUAGUGUUUUCACUGAAGUGUGUGUGUGUGGGGGGGGGGGGGGAGGGUUAAAUAAUAAAAGAAGAGAGAUUGGGAGUUAUGUGGUUUUGCUAGAUGUCAACAAUACAAUACUAGCCACUAUUUCUCUCUCUCUCUUUCUUAGUUCAAGAACUCAUUCACAGUGAGGUGAGCUAAAUUUGAAAUAUGGUUAUACAUAAUUUAUGAAUAAAUUUCACACAUAUACACCUGUAUCAUUACCUUGAUAUAUGCACCUGUAUCAUCCAUCAGCUAAAUACUAUAAUAAACACCUAUAUUGUUAAUUUUACACAAAGUUUAUGGGUUAUUAGGGAAAUAUAAAAUAAUCCAAAAAUUUGUACUGAAGUCAUUUGCAUGUUCUUCAAUACAGAGUUAAUAUAAAAACUUUGUGGGAUCAGAAGAUGGAGUAGUGUCAGAUUUCACCCCCAGCUACUAUCCAAAUAAAGAAUGUUCUUUGCAUUUUAAACUAUUUCCAUGUAGGGUCGUUUGCAAUAAUUACUUCCAAAACAUUAUUUCAUGUCAGAUUCCCCCCUCCUUGUUUGUUCUGUUUUGCGUAAUUGAAAAUGAUGGAAAUGAAAUGAAGGUGGAUUUUUGCCUCCCCAAUACAUUCCUCAAGAAGAGGAAUUUGGUAAGAAAAAAUGAAUACCAGUAACAUGCUAGGAGCCAAUUUGGGUGACUAAGCCCCUAUGUGACGUGAUCUUGUGCCAAUGUAAAAAUACCACCACCACCACAUCAUCAUCAUCAUCAUCAUUAGGACAGCAUAAUUAGAGCAUUGAAAAUUGCCUUGCAGUUUUUGUUGACAUUUUACGUACUUAGUUCAAAUCUUGUCAAGGUCAACCUUGCUUUUCAUCUCUGGGGUUGAUGAAACAAGUAUCAGUUGUGUACUGAGAUUGAUGUAAUCAAUUAGCCCCCCUCCCCCCAAAUAUCAGGCCUUGUGCCUGUAGUAGAAAGGAUUAUUAUUAUCAUCACAAAGGUGGUGGAUUGGCAAAAUCAUUGGAGUGGUAGUUGUUCUGAGCUCAAAUCCUGCCAAGGUCAACUUUGCCUUUCAUCCUUCAAUAAAACAAAGUACUAGUCAAAUACUGGGGUCAAUGUAAUUAACAAACCCCUCCCCUCCAAAUUUCAGGCCUUGUACCCAAAUUAAAAACAAUUACUAUUACAAGGGCAGCAGAUUGAAUUGACAGAAUGAUUGGAGUAUUUCAUAAAAUGCCUGGGGGUAUUUAGUUAUGGUUCUUGCCAUUCUGAGUUCAAAUCCUACUGAGAUCAUACUAAAUACCUUAUGGUUAUUAUAUCCCUCUGUGUACUUCAAAUCCUGCCGAAGUUGAUUUUGCCUGCCAUUAUUCCCUCCCCCUUUAUAAAGUUACAAAGUAUAUGUAGGGUGGGGUUGAGGUUGAUUAAAUUAAUUACACCUCUUGUUAAAAAGAAAUAUAUUUGUGGCUUUGUGUCCUAAAUUAGAGAUCAUUGUUUUAAAAGAAUCAUUCAGUAGAUGUAAAUACAGUAGUUUAUCUCAAAUCACACCAUUAUAGUACAAAGACAAUGUAAAGACUUGUACAUAGAUGACAUUUUUGUGGUCAGUUUGAUAUUACAUUGUAAUUAAGGGCCAGCCUUCACUUCAUGUUGGAUAUUUUAUCUACGUUUCAAAUGAUAUAAAACAAAAUAAAAAAUGACAAUAAUAAAUA